AUGAUCGUAGGAGUUCUUGGAGCCACUGGAGCUACAGGGAGAAAUGUCAUCGACCAGCUUCUAGAGUCGAAGCAUACAGUUAUCGCUUUUGUCCGGCAUGGGAGAAUCACUAAUUUUGACAGACGAGUAGAAGUCAGAGCGGUCGAUAUCUUCAAUACAGCAAGUCUGUCAGCUGGUUUUGCAGAUCUCGAGAUCUUGAUAAGUACUUUGGGCGGCUUUCCCGGAUCUUUCAGUCCUUGUGGUGGAAUAAAGGAAGGUUACGCGAAAGUCAUCCCUCAUAUAAUCCAAGCCGCGGAUUUCAACAACAUCAGUCGACUUCUCAUCCUUGGAGCCUGGUUCAUGACCGACAACGCUUCUUCUGUAGAGCCCUUUUUCACGCGCCUUGGUCUCUCCCUCCUCACCAAUAUUUUCGAAGAUAUGGAGGAGAUGCGCCAGAUUUUGCUUCAAACAGAUACGGCAGUCAACUGGACCAUUUGCUGCGCAGCUCGACUGAAUGAUGGCGAAAAAACAGGGGGAGACUUUUUGGUCGAACCAGGAGAUAGAAUUGAAGCCUUCAAGAAUGAGCCCAAAGGAAUCAGCAGGAAAGACGUCGCGAGAUUUCUAGUUCGAGCAGCAGAAGAUAAAGAAUUGACGAAGAGCAAUCACUUGAUCUCAUUUUGUACAAGCGAAUGA